GGGCGGGGCGGCGCACCCGGAAGCAGCGUCGGGGCCCGAGCGGCCCUGGCAGGCGGCGGCGGCGACCGCCCGGACGAGAAGAAAGAAGCUAAGGAGACCUGAACUUCAGAUGCAUUCCCUGUGGCCCGGACCUCUACAGAGACAAUUCCCAGGAAACCGAUGGGACUGAAGGUCACAGUGCCUGCCCGCAUCUCGGAAACGGAGGUCGGGCGAGCGAUCAUCCACCUGCAGGAACCCAGUGCUUUGCCGUUCCUGCAGCUGGCUCGGAGCGCCUCCUCUGCUUCGCUGCCUUUCCGACGCCGGCUCGCUUCGCGAACGGCCCUCUCUGCCGGAGUAAAGGGAGCACGUAAAAAUAGGUUCCCCGGGGAUUCCCGCUUUGGAGACGCAGGAAGCUGCCAACUACCCUCUGCUGGUGGGAAAGCUGAAAACACGGAGCAUGACGGAGUCACGGAUAAGACGGCUUGCCACGACAUUGAUGGAUGCCACAACAGAUAAGGAUCUACAGGUCCAGGAUCAGAUCUACAAUGCGUUGUGCUAUUUGGGGGAAUCGGAGCCGGAGGAGAUUCUUCAUGCCUGCGAUGAGUACCUCCGACAGCACGACAAGCUGGCCUAUCCUCACAGGGUGAUAAUUCUGAAGGCAAUGGAAACGGUGGUAAAGAAUAACAUUGCUCUUUUGGACAAAAGCACAGCAAAGGUGGUUAUCUUCCUGGCAUCUAAUGAAAUGACCAAGUCAAAGGAAGUAGUCCGUGACUGGCAACAGGCCGCCAGCAAUGUUCUGGUUGCGGUGGGACAGCGCUUCAUCAACAAAGUGAUGGAGGAGGUGCUCACCAAGUUUCAGCCGGGGAUCCUGCCGCACUAUUUCAUCAUGCAGACCUUUGCCAACCUUUCUGUGUCGAAUGUGUUUGGAAUGGUGCCUUUUCUAAACUCCAUCCUUGGGACGAUGCUGCCGAUGCUGGGAAUGGCCAAACAGGACCACAUGAAGUCAGUGUUCUGCUAUGCUCUGCAGCACUUCAGUGAGAGCAUCCAGGAAUACUUGGCGAACUUGGACAAGGCCCCAGACCCAACAGUCAGGAAGGACACCUUCUCAAAUGAGAUAUUCAGUGCAUAUGAAGUGCUCUUCAACAGCUGGCUGCAGCACCGGGAAGCCAAGCUGAGGCUGGCGGUGGUGGAGGCCAUUGGACCCAUGAGUUACUUGAUGCCCAGUGAAAAGCUUGAGGAGCAGCUCCCUAAGCUGAUCCCAGGCAUUCUUGCCCUCUACAAAAAGCACACAGAGGCCUUCUACAUAUCCAAGAGCCUCUGUCAGAUCCUGGAAGCUUCUGUCAACAUCGGCAGCCGCAGCCUUGACAUGCAGCUGGACUCUCUGCUGGGCACCCUGCACCCCCAGAUCUGUGCUCCUGCGGAUCCAUCUAUCCCUCUGACCAUUAAAAAUCACACAGAGGUUCUUCGGUGCUUCACUGUCCUUGCUUGUUCAUUCCCUGACCGUGUGCUGACCUUCCUGCUCCCGAAGCUGGAGAGCAGUAACGAGAGGACUCGCGUGGGGACGCUUCUCAUCAUGAGGCAGAUCAUCAACAGCGCCUCCUCUCAAAUGGAGAUUAAAAAGCCUUUUAUUCUUGCAUCUAUGAAGCUUCCUCUGCAAGAUAGCAACAAUAAGGUGAAGCGGGCCAUGGUGCAGGUGAUCAGUGCCAUGGCUCACCACGGCUACCUGGAGCAGGCCGGGGGCGAGGUGAUGCUGGAGUACCUCAUCCGCCAGUGCGCGCUCCCCUCGGACACGCAACUCAAAAAACAGGUGCCAGAUGCCGAUGACUUCACUAGCGACAGUGUCCAGAGUAUCAGCGUCAAUACACUCUUUCUCCUUAGCACAACUGUCGACAGGAUGAACAACGUGCUGUGGCCGUACCUGUUGGAGUUUGUGACUCCAAUCCAGUUCACCAAUGCUUUGACUCCCCUCUGCAAGAGCCUCAUGUAUUUGGCCACGAAGAAGCAAGAGGAGGGAGAAAAUGCAUCCCUUAUCCGUUACGAUCUGAAUGCAAAUCUUCCUUCACCCUAUGCUAUAACUACAAGAUUGCUGGUUGUAUCUUCGCAGCCGUAUGUAGGAGACUGCCGGGGGACAGCAGCCCUGCGCCUGUUGAAUGUAUUGCACUAUAGUGUCCACCCUGCACUUGACCAGCUUUGGAGCAAGAAGAUUCCUCCCUUAGUGGAGUAUAUCGAAGAGAACACAGAGAAAUCCCUGUGCCAGAAGGAAUGGGAAGAGAAGCUACUCCUGUUCCUCCAGCAGACGCUGACAGCUGUGUCUGAUAACACUUGGAUUUGCCAGUUUAGCAUGGAGAUGUGCAAACAGCUGAACAGUUACAAUGGCUUUCUGCUGGAGAAGAACUUCCUCUAUAAAUGCAUCGGAACAACACUUGGGGCAUGCAUAAGCAAAGACCUCGUGCAAAAGCAACUUCAGGAGCUCCUCGAAACGGCCAGAUACCACGAGGAGGCAGAACGAGAGGGACUUGCUUCCUGCUUUGGGAUAUGUGCAAUAAAUCACCUGGAGGAAACUCUUGCCAAACUGGAAGACUUUGUUAGGUCUGAUAUCUUCAAGAAAUCCGUGGGACUGUUUAGUAUCUUUAAGGACCGCAGUGACAACGAAGUGGAGAAGAUAAAGAGCACACUGAUCCUGUGCUAUGGAUAUGUAGCUGUAUAUGCACCCAAGGAGCUUGUGCUCUCCAGGAUUGAAGCAGACAUCCUGAAGAAUGUCUUCCAGUACUUUAACACCAAGGUUCUGGGAAUAAAGGUAGAAACCAAGGACUUGACUCUGAAGCUGUGCCUCAUCCGGAGCAUCUGCAUGAUCAGCCAAGCCAUCUACAGUGGUGUGAAAUGUGGGGAUUUCAUAUUCUCCCGCAAAGCUGAGCUUGUGGCCCAGAUGGUGGAGUUCAUAAAAGCAGAACCACUGGACUCGAUGCGAACGCCAGUUCGUCAGCGGGCAAUGGUCACCUGCACUUACCUGGUUGUCCUGGAGCCACAUCUCAGUGACCCAGACAGGACGGAGCUGAUCGAUACCUGCCUUGCUAGUGUGCUUGCCCUUCCUCCGCUGGACUCUGUGAAGGAGAGGGAUGGAAGUGUAGCAGAUGCCUUCCACAAAGAGAUGCUGUAUGGUGACACCAUCAGUGCCCUCAAAGAUCUGCUGAAGAGUCUCCUGCAAAGGAACUUGACCCCCCAUGGGCUGCAGGACAUGUUUGCACAUUUAGGCCCCUGGAUCAAGUCUAGCAAAGAACAUGAGCGCCAGCGAGCUGUGGAAGUCAGUGCUGCCUUGCUGGACUUCUACCUGGGCAAACUGAAUGUCAGCACCGUCAUCCCUUUCUAUAACCUUGGUGUGCUCAUUGCACUCUUCUCCCCACGGUGCUCGGACUCCCUUGCCAGCGUUCGCCAGUAUGCUGUUGACUGCGUCUACUAUCUGCUCUAUAUACAGCUGUGCUAUGAAGGGUUUUCCCGGGAUCACAGAGAUGAGAUGGUGGAGGGGCUGAAAGCUCUGAAGAAAGGCCUGGAGGAGCCUGACUUCACUGUUCUCUUCCACACCUGCAACAACAUUGCCAUGGUGAUUGGGAAACGCGUCCCCCCCGAUCAGCUGAUGAGCCUCUUGUUGGCCAUGUUUGAGGGGCUGGCAGACCCCGAUAAGAACUGUUCCCGCGCAGCCACGGUCAUGAUUAACUCCCUGCUCAAGGAGCGUGGAAGCGUCCUGCAGGAAAAGGUGCCUGACAUCAUGAGCAUCAUCCACAGCAAGCUGCAGGAGGUGGAUGAGGAGCACGUCAGGAAAGCGGCCCAGCAGACCGUUUACAUUCUGGCCUCCCAGCACAAGAGCGUGGUGGUGUCCAGCCUUCUAGGCAGCUCGUUGCCGUUUGAUAGCCACACGUGUACCAUGUGGAGGUCCCUGGCCAUGGAGCCACCCCUCACCUCGCAGAUCUUGGAGCAGCUCCUGGAAAAGGUGAACAGGGACGUGCCCUACAAGGAGAGCAAAUGCUUCCUCUUGGGGAGCAGUUCUGAGCGCGUCGCGACGCCUCUCCCUCUGGCGGCCACAUGUGCGCUGUAUGAGAUCAUGUCUGCUCCCGAGUCUGGGGCAGCGGUGCUGGGACUCUACCCGCAGUUGUUUGUGACUCUCCUGCUGCGAGUCAGCUGCACCGUGGGUGUUCAGCUACCGAAGAACCUGCAGAGCCGGGAGAGGAGGAGCGCCGGCCCCGGCCCGGCCCCCCACAGCCUCGAGCCCUGCAGCUCUGCCGUGGGAACGCUGCAAGCCAUGCUGGCCCGGGGCGGCAGCGAGGACGUGGCCCGGGCCGUGGGCAGCGCCGGAGGCUGGGAGCUGAUGGCCAGCACCGAGCGGCACCACGACGGCGUCGCCGUGCUCGCCAGCGCGAUGGCGCGGCACGCCGGCCCCAGGCUCCCCCUGAUUGUGAAGAACCUCAUCCCGGUGCUGAGCAGCGUCCUGGACAGCCAGCGGAUCACCACCACGGCCUUCCUCGCGGAGCUCCUUAAUAGCAACGUGGUGAACGACCUGAUCCUGCUGGAGACCAUGAUGGACAACAUGACGAGCAGGCAGAAGGACCCCUGCAUGUCGGUGCGCAUGCUGGCGCUCCGAGGGCUGGGCAACAUCUCCUCUGGGGCGCCAGAAAAGGUGAGGAAGCACGGGGCUAAACUCCUGGCCUCCAUGGUCAACGGCAUGGAUGACAAGGACGAUCCCCACAACCUGGUUGCGCUGGAGGCCAUGUCCAGUCUCUACAAGCUCCUGGAUCACGUGGAGGAGAGAGACAUCCAGUCCAUGCUCCUCCACAUCGCAAUCAGGAUCCGGCCCUUCUUCGACAGCGAGCAGCCCGACCUCCGCAAGUCGUCUAUCGUGCUCUUUGGCCAGCUGACUAAAUUCAGCGAAGACAACUGUGAAGUCUUCUUCGAGCAGAUCCUUAACGGGCUGGUGACGCUGCUGCUCCAUCUUCAGGACCCAAAGCCAGAGGUGGUCAAAGCCUGCAAGUUUGCCCUGCGCAUGUGCGGCCCCAACAUGGGCUGCGAGGGGCUCUGCGACAUGUUCCUGAACCACCUGCAGGAGGACAGGAGCCUGCACUACGGGGAGUUCAUGAACAACGUCUGUAAGCACCUGAUGCAGAGCUACCCAGAGAUGCUGAAUCGCCUGAUUUCGACCAACCUGUUCUACUUCAAGAGCAGCUGGGUUGACAUCAGAGCAGCUGCGCCCAUGUUCAUUGGCUUUCUUGUUCUGCACGUGGAUGAAGACCACUGUCAGCAAGUGGACCUGGACCAACUCAUUUCCUCUCUCAACCUGCUGCUGAAGGACCCGGCGCCCGCCGUGCGCGCGAAGGUGGCGGAGACGCUGGGCCGCCUCGUCCGCCUCCUCUGAGCCGCUCCGACCCGCUCCUCGCCGCCCUGCCCCGGCGCCGCCACCUCGUCCCUCCCGCUCUGCCGCCCCCCUGCCCCGCCGAGGGACGGGGACCGCGGCAGGGACCUGCCGGCCGCGGGGCUGGGGGCUGCGGCGCCCGCGCUGCCCCUCUGCCUCCAGCCCUCACCCCCGCUGCUGCCUGGGGUCGCUGCAUGCGGGGCGCCGAGGCCCCGGGCGCUGCUCGUGAACGUGACUAUCCUCUGCCCCCAGGGACUGUACAUAAACUAUUUUUAAAUAAAGCUCUUUGCUCUUCA